AUGCUAGCCUCCGUCUUGGCGACACCAAUGCGUCCGCAGUUUCACCAUCUCCAGAUACCAACUCCGUGUGCCCCGAAGCGCUCCAUGGAUGAGGAGCAGCUCUGCCUUCGACUGCAUAAGCGGUUACGAAUUGGCAGCCCAACAGCGGCACGCCAAUUGGCAAAUGGCCACUACUCGCAGGCAAACAGUUUUCUUCAGCAGCUGCAUGCAGAGCAUUUGGCCAGGCGUCAGCAAACACCUCGUCCUGCCGCCUAUCCGUCGCCAGAUGCUUCUAUGACGAUGACCACACAGGCUUGGACGGCUGGUGGCAGCGCAGCUCAAACAGACUUUGCUGCAAUGACGCACUUUGUGCUCAGCGAUGUUGUGCAGUGCUCGCACGGAGCUCAAGGCCGCUGUUUGCAAUGUGUGGGCCGCUUGGUGCAAAAUGUUCCACUGCAAGUCUACAGUGAUUGGUGUUCAGCUUGCAGCUCACCUGCAUCUUCCUCCACCACUCCGCCACCGCGUCCAUGUGCCACCUCCGUGAGGGAGCUGACCUUUCCGGCGACCGCAGCUCUCAUUGCAUGUCUCAGUCCUGAGCCCGGAGAGAGGCUCUUGCACCUGUGCAGCGGGGUCGCGCGCGUCGUGGCAGCCUGGGCGCUUCUCGUUCCUCGAGGAAUGGCCUGUGGAAUUGAGCGCUGCGCGGCACUCCACGAAGCUGCUGUAGCCGCUGUCGAAAAGAUGGAUGCAGAGGUCCAGAGUCGGGUGCUGCUCCACAACAGCAACCUCCUGGACUCGCAGAACGACUGGCAUCAGGCGAGCACCAUUCUCGUCAGUGGCGAAGCGCUGGAAAAUUCGGUGGCUCAGGUCACGGCCGGCCUGGACAGGACGCAGCCAGGAACUCGCAUUGCCUCAAUCGGGCGACCUCUUGGUGAUCCCCAUGGUGGACCCCAUGCUCUGCAGCUUGUGCGACAGGUCUUGUACCGAACAGUUGGCUCAGGCAAUGC